GGAGUGGCAUCCUGCUUAUGUUUGUUUUGCUUUGCGUGGAAAAUGUUUUCUGCUCAGGACGUUUUCUGUCAUUCGCUUAUCACAGCUUUUAAAAACCUGAUGUAACUUUAAAUAGAAUACUUUAACGUCAAACGAUGUCUGUUCCAAUAUCUCGGGAAGAAAUAAAUUUUAAUCGAUUGCUGAAAAAAUGCGAGAAUUUUGUUCCUGAACGGGAGCCACAUGAAUGGAGAUUGGAACAGUAUGUGAAAAAUUUAGAAGAAAGGCUUGCAGAGUUAAAGAAGAUGAAUACUUGCCAACCAAGCAAAGAUUCUUUGACUGAAUAUGCAAGACGAGUUGAAUUUCUAAGAGGAGUUGUGGAAGCUGAAAAAAAGCCAAAUGUAACGGAAAAAGCUAUGGCUAAUCAGCUACUAUCUCCUGGAUCAUUUACAACAACAAGUAACAAAAUUCACUCACAGACAAAAGCUCAUUACCUACGAGAAAUGAGAGAAGAACUAUUAGGGUCUAAAGACGAGCAGCCAGCAACUGAGGGUGUUCGUUUGCGACAUUUAGAAUCCGGGUCACCUAAUGAAGAUUUUGAUGCCGUGAUGCAGUAUCACAAUUCAAUGCAAGAGAAGGUAGCUCAGGAAAUGAUGUCCCUUGUUCAACACUUAAAGCAAAACAGCCUUUUGGCUGGCCACAUUAUAAAGAAGGAUACAGAGAACUUACAAAAAUCAACUUCAAUGGCAGAUGAUAGAUACAGCCAGUUAAAAGUAGAAAGUGACAAAUUAGAAGUUUUUACUAAACAAUCUUGCAAUUGGUUUGUAUGGAUAAUGUUAAUAUUUGUUUGUAUGAUAUUUAUUUGGAUGAUAAUAUUUAUUAGAAUUUUUCCAAAACGGUGAUAAUAGAAUUAUAUUUAUAUUAAAUUUGUACAUUUUAUAAUAAAGAGUUUCUUUUAAUUGGAUGAUUUGCUAAUACAUUAUUGAUCUACAUAGAAGACAUACAUCACUGUACUCAUAUUUUAAAAAUAAUGCAAUAUUAUUGUGUUGCAUUAUGAAAAAAAACACUAAGUUUCAACAAUCUUCCCUAUAUACUACUACUCUUUAACUCUUGACUAAGCACCUGUUCUUUCCUAACUGUAGUUGAGGAAAACUUGGGCUCAGGUCAGUUUCAUCCCUGCAGUAGAAAUUAAGCGCAUUUCAAAUAUUUCCUUCUUGCCCAGUGGCACUGAUUUAUAAAAAUUUUUGAGAGGACCGGACUUCAGAGGUUCCCCCCCUCCUCCGAAAAAUUUUCUUAUUUUGGCACUUUGAAAAUGACACUUUACAAAUUUUCUGAUGUGAGUAAUUUGCAUGAACCAUCUACACGUGACAAGAGCGUUUUAAAGAUAUAGGGAUCUAAAUUGGUAUGCAACUCUUUCUCGUUCAAUUAUAUCACCUUGUCUUAAGGGACACUUUUU